AUGGCGAAGCAUGAGGAGGCCAAGAAGGCAAGGGAGAAGGACUCGUCGGUGACCUUCUCUGACUCCUCAGCGUCCUCCGACAACUCAGGAGUUGGCUACUAUAUCCACUUCCGCAGCGGCAGGCUGCAGAUGAGUAACAAAGAUCUGUGGUAUCUUUUCUUCAAAGUUUUGCCCAAACUGCUGGUGUUUCCUCACAGUUUACAGAAGAAAUUUCAAAAAGAUGAACAUGUUCAUGCAUCACUAAAGGAACUGGAUACUGUGGUGGGCGUGAUGCCGGAGCUGCCGCAGGAUAUGUUGAUGGUUAUCUUUGCCAACCUUCAGAUCCCUGACCUCAUACGUGCGGAUUCUGUCUCUUCCUCUUGGCAUGCCGCCUACACCAGUCUGCGCGAUCUUAGGCAGUACAAAAAGUCCCAGAUGCCAUGCCUGCUCUACGCCUCUGAAUCUACUGGUGAGAAUGUUGCGUGUCUCUACAGCCUCGUGGAACAGAGGGAAUACAAGUUAACUUUCCCAGAGCCACCCAUCCGUAGUCAGUUUCUGAUCGGGUCCUCCAAUGGCUGGCUGAUUACUGCAGAUGAAACGUCUGAGCUGCACCUUGCCAAUCCAAUCACUGGUGAACAGAUUGCUCUCCCGUCAGUGAUUACCAUCAAGCAAGUGAAGCCCAUCUUUGAUGACUCAGGCACUAUCAACAUGUACGAGCUAUCAUACCACAGUGGCAGGGCGCCUGAGAUAUAUGCUCUCAAUGAUCAGCGUGAGCACCUCUACUUCAAGGCAUUUGUGUUCCCUGAUCUGUCCACUGGAAGCUACAUUGUGGUGCUCAUCCACAAUCCGUACCAUCAGCUUUCGUUUGCAAGAGCAGGGGAUGAUAAGUGGAACUUGCUGCUACCCAACACACGUUAUAGAGAUUGCGUGUGCAUGGAUGGUCUGUUGUAUGCAUUGACAUCACUUGGAGAAAUCCACGCUUAUGAUCUCACUGCCUCCACUGUCACAAUGAAUGUCAUUAUGGACCGGGUGAAGUUUAUUCACGAGAGCAUGUACAUCAUUCCGGCUCCUUGGGGUGAUCUGCUGCAAGUUUGGAGGAUAGUAGAUCAUCCAGUAAAUGCUCCAGAGCAAGAGGAUGAGCGCGUACGAUAUAUUACAAAGAAAAUCAUAGUAUACAAAGUGGACAUGGCUGCAAAAGAGCUUGUGAAAAUUAACAGCUUGCCACACCAUAUGUUAUUUCUUGGGCAUAACCAAACACUCUGUCUUGGUGCUGCAGAACACCCGCAAUUGAAGGUCAAUCAUGCCUACUUCACUGAUGAUCAUGAGGAACUGAUUAUGCUAUUAAAGAAUCAUACUCGUGAUAUAGGAGUUCUCAACUUGGAAAAUAGCACAAGGAAGGAAAUUGUGUCUCAGAUUUGCUCCAACUGGCCUUGUCCCACAUGGACAAUACCCAAUCUUGCAAAGAUGAAUUUGGCAUUCAGCAAAUAA